AUGACAAGAGGUGCGGAUGCAACAAUAUUUGGAAAAGGCACGAGAAUUAAUCAGAUAAUUCCAAUCGUGGAAAUCGUGCAAAUACCAAAGGAGGGAAAUGCAGAAGCAGGCGCACUGGCUAAUCUCGCAUCUGUUGCAGAAGUAACGAAUGAGGAAAAUGCUAUUGUAAUACAUUUGUUUCAUUCGGCACCCGAUCAAGAUAAAAAUGAGUGGGUAGAAGCAGGUGCCUUGAAACAAGUACGGGAAAAAGAAUUCAAGGACUUUAUUUGGCGAAACAUCAUAUGCCAGUUCGGAGUUUCAAAAGAAAUUGUAUGUGACAAUGGCCCGCAAUUCAUAGGCGCAAAAAUCACAGAAUUUUUUCAGAAUUGGCAAAUUAAAAGGAUAACUUCAACACCUUACCAUCAUGUGGCUAAUGGACAAGAUGAAUCGACAAACAAAGUUAUUAUUAAUAACUUGAAGAAAGGAUUAGAGGAGUCAAAAGGUAAGUGGCAUGAAGUGUUACCAGGGGUCUUAUGGGCUUAUCGAACGACAGCAAAAACAGGCAUGGGAGAAACUCCAUUCUUACUAGUUUAUGGUGCUGAAGCCUUAAUUCCAGUUGAAAUAGGUGAACCAAGUACAAGAUAUACCCAAGCAAUUGAGGAAUCAAAUGAGUAA